AUGCCAGAGCUAGCUGAACACUUCUGCCCAGUUGGCUAUAAGAGAGAACCUGAAGUUAGCCAAGUAGUUGAGAGUAACAAUGAAAACCAGGUGCUGCCUGUGUUUGGGCACACAAUAAGUGCAGCAGAGUCACAACCGGAAAACUUGACUGAGAAGAACACAGCGGGCACGCUGGAGCUGGCAGACUUGCCCCUGCAGAAGGGCUCCGUGGAGCUCCUCAAGCAGAGAUGGGAGUCCACCGAUGCUACAAGACCUGGCCCGACGCUCUGGUGCUCUCCAGCCCCACGGUCCCUGGUGCCGGAUAAGAUCAGCUGCAGCAGCACCGUGGAGAAAGUACCAGCAGACAGCAGGAGGGCGGACGUGUUCAAGGAGGAGACCUCAGGCGGCCCUCAGCAGACCGAGCACUUCCCCAUCACUGUGGAGGAGCUGCGGAGCCACUUCGAGGCCCUGGGUGGCAAGAAGGAAACAGAAAGUGAGAGAAGUUCACUUUCAUCAACAGCAAAGAGUCAGCCUGGAGGCCAUUCUGUCAUUUCUCUGAAAGAGUCUAGCGUGAAACGAGGGAGAGCAAUCUUUGAAAAGAUGUCAUCAGAAAAUGGCCACAGCAACAGCUCUGAAGUGGGUUUUCGCAAACCUGUAAGAGGACUACCUAAAGAGAACACUCCCAGGUCUGACAACACACCGCUGGAUUUCCAGGAGACUGUCUCUUUGAAAGAAAGAAUGGCUAUGUACAAGGCUGCUGUGUCUGAGAGAGACAGCAGCGACUCCUUUGCUCGUACUUCAGAGAAAACCAAGUUCUGUACUGUGCCUGGUGGCCUGGCAGCAGUGAGGAAACAAUUUGAGAAAGUGCAGAUGACCUCUUCACAAAAGACCUUUGCUCAGUACCAGCACCAGCACAAAUCUGUACAGGAAAUAUCAAGUGGCAGUCAGCAUGUGGUAUCAAGCAGCACCAGGGAAGCUGAGUGCAAUAAAAUGACCUCCAAAGAAAGUCAGACGGAAACCUCUCAAACACAAGAGGUUUCUCAUCACGAGCAAGUUACUCAUGAGAUAAAAAUGCCUUCUACGUUCACUCAGCACACUGAUGAAACAGUAAUCAAUGCAGCUCAGAACAAAGAGCUCCCAAAGACUGUAACACAGAUUUUAAAACAGCAGAUUGAAAGGACAGCUCAGGAAAAGGCUGUUCACGCUGACAGAGAGACUGCAAUACCUGCAAAAGAAGUAAAGAAACUGCAGAUUCAGGAAAAUGAAACGUGCAGACUCUGUCAACAGAGGGUUUACCCAAUGGAAUGCCUGGUUGCCGACCAGCAGAAUUUUCAUAAAUCCUGUUUCCGAUGUCACCACUGUGGCAGUCAAUUAAGCUUGGGAAAUUACGCAUCUCUCCAUGGAAAAAUAUAUUGUAAACCCCAUUUUAAACAACUUUUCAAAUCAAAAGGAAAUUAUGAUGAAGGUUUUGGACACAAGCAGCAUAAAGAAUUAUGGAAAUUGAAAGAUCAAUGUAGCCUAGUUGGUAAUAUUCAUGCUGAAGAAACAAAUCCCAUUAAUAGUUUACCUGUUGAUCCUAAACCAAUUACAGAAAUUGAUCAAGACUUGUACUCAGGUACUGAAGGUACUCAUCCUGAUAUUUUGGAUAAUAAUCUGAAAAAAUCCACAGAAAGAGGUAAAUUAAAGAUGACAUGGCCUCCUUCAACAGACAGUACAACACCUAAGAAAACAUUUUCUAUUGAAGAAGCAGCUAAAGUAAAUAAGCCAAAGUGGCCCCCAGAAGGUUUUGCUCAAGAAGGUUCUAGUUUACAUACAAAUAAAUCUCUGGGCAAUAAAAAGGAUCCUCAGAAAAAAAAUGCUGAGAGAGAGCAAAAUAAAAAUAACACUGCAAAUACACAACAAAAUCAACACUCAUCCUUUAGCUCUCUGUCUGAAAAAGAAGCUACAAAUAUCUGUAAAGCAAAAAAAAAUGAAGAAGGAAAAAAGGGAAAAGAUGAGGAAGCUGGGAACGUGCAAGAUAAGCUGAAUAAAACAGGAGGAUCACAGAAAAGGGAGGAAAGUGGAAAGGAUACUAAUGAAGGUGAUAAUGUAAUUGUGCAUAGUGCUGGGAAGGAGCAAGAGAAAAAAAUUAAUGAAACCAAUGAUUCAGAAGUUGUACAGGUUACUAACAUUGAUGAUGUAACAGUACAAAAGAAUCACAAAGAAUUCUGCUUGAAUAACAACAACAAUUAUGCCACUUUUUCCCAUCUAAACAUUUGUAGGCAGGAAAUAACUCUCUCGGCUAUGUCUAACCCAAUGACAGCAUUAAGUCAUGCAAUUUGCACUGUAUCGCAGCAUGCCUUUGCAAAGCUGGAAAAUCGGUCUCGAAGUGAAGAAAUAUUUGAGAUACACUCUAAUAGUCUUGCUCAAUUUAAUAAAGAUGCCACUUGUCAGAAGUCUUGUACUAAUAGCACAUUAGUUUUAAAGGAGGCAACUAAUACAACAUUCCCUGUUGAUACUGAGUUGGUAUGCAUUGGAGAAGAAUCAAAAUAUGACAAAAACUUAAAUACUAUUUUAUCUGACACUCUGAAAACAUCUUUUCUUAAAAAAGACAACCUGGUUUUAAACUGUGGUCUAAUAGACUCUGUAGAUAUAACUAAAAAUUCCAGCAGCCCAUAUUCAAAAGAACAUGGGAAUUAUGAUACAGAACUGAAUGGUAUUAAUGCCUGUCAAGGAAGUGAAAUAAUCAAAGUGUCAAAGAAUGACAUAAACACAAGCUUAGAUUUACUGAGCUCAAGAUAUAAAGCUGUUCCAUCAUUCCAAGGCAAGAAAGUCAAGUUCAAACAGCUCACUGUAGAAGAACAAAUUAAAAGAAAUAGAUUCUAUGAUGAAAAUGAAUAA